GAGCAGAACGGGGUAUGUGUCUUAUCCUCUGGGACAAUUAUAGCAAUGCUUCUCUGUUCAAAUGGAGGAGAAUUGCAAGUUUUGGUAAGAAAUCAGAAUUGAGUGGCUCCUGGAGCUUUAGGGAGAAGAGAUUUCUUGAUGCAGGUGGGCACUGGAGAGCAGCGUGCUGUGUGCCAGGGCUGAGGAGAAUUCCCCUGUGUAUUUAAGACAGGAAAAUUGGGUUGAAGCUUACAGCCACUCGUGUGGAGAGGAAGGUGUCACAACCAGCACUUGUUCAGAGGCGUGGGCUCUUAUGAUAUUUGGAUUGGGCUGUCUUCAAACUUGGCAAAAACACCACCCGAGGCUCAGUCUAGACUGCUUCUGGAAGAAUCCUUGGCCUCAUGGGAAUCUCCAUCUCAAGGUGCAGAGCAGAACAGCAGAAGGCACAGCAGGGAUUGUGUUGGCAUAAAACCCUUCUCAGCAGGAAAACGUUCAGUGUGCUCUCAAAUCUUGCUUUGGCACGUUUGAGAGGAGCACAGGAGGAGUCUGAGCAGAAGUGGUGUCUGACCCAGGCUUGUGGUGCCAGGUGGAAGUGCUGGGGUCCAGGGGGACAGAGCUGAUGGCCCAGCAGGUGACAGGGUGGCUUUGCAGGUAUCUCAGUGGAACCCUGUUUUGCCUAGAGUCUGGCAGAAGAGCUGGGCAGUCCAAUUAUCCGUGCUUGGAUGGAUUUCUCCAGGGUGAGCAGCUCCACAGGCAGCUCUGGCCAGUCCUGGCUGAUUUCUCCAAGGGUUGGUGUUACCUGGGGGGUUCAGCUGGUGCUCCCAUUGAAUGUCAGCAGCAGCAGUGUGAUGAGCUGACUGCAGGAACAAAACCUCAAGGUGAGUUUAGUCUGGUGGGAGGUUUUAAUGGAGGAAAAGGCUGUUGGAUGUGGUGGCUUUGUUUGAUGUUCCAGUCAGUUUACAUCUGUCCCGUGUUGGGGACGUUGUGGUGCACUGGGUGGUGGGUGGCAGUGGCUUUCUCACUGCUUUCAAACUGGUGUUUGCACACAGCAAAUCUCGGCCAAGCCUGCUCCAAAGGAGGAAUCAGAACUGCAGCAGCAGCCAAGAAACAGCUGAACAUACUUUGAGACUGAGCAGCCCAGAAAAGACAGAAGCCUACACACUGGAGACAGCAUGACUGCCUUACCUCUGCUCUUCUUGAUCUCUAAACUUUGAAAAAGCAAGGCAGCUUCUCUUUUCUGCCUGUUGAGUGCAUCUUGCUUAAGAACAGACCUCCUGACUGUUUCUACAAGGCUUCUUAAUUUCUAUUUCUUAACUUCUAUUAAUCUGUCUCAAACCUGGUUUUUCUAACUGGAAACUUUCCAUUGAUGUCAUGGGAGCUUUCCGUGGCCCACAUCAAAUAGCUGGGUUCACCAGGAAUUAAGUGACUCUACAAAUGUUUAUGUUAAACACUUAUUUGGAAGGCAUGUUGACUUAUGAGGACCUGUGGUGGCUGUGGUAUGUAGGGAGGCUAGGUUGGCUGUACAGCUUUUGUCUUGCCUUUGAAGCCUGGAAGUGCUGGCAGCUGUUUAGAGCCCAGAUAAGGGCUCAGGAGUGUUUCAUCACUGACUCCUGCCCUGGUUCUUGUCUCCUGCACUGCAGAGGUCUCCCAGUGGGUCACCUUCAUGGAGAGGAUGGCCAAGUCUGGAUAGUCACAGCAGAAAGCUGUUGGCACAAUUACAGUGACACCCUGAGACUCCACAGACCGGGGAUGGGAAGAGCCUCAAGCUGCAGUUCAAAGUGUGAAACAUCCACUGGGGUCUUCCUACACGAGCUUGCAGCCUCAGUCCUUUUCUUCAGCACUUAGGAAGCCCAGGAUGAAGAGAUCUGGGUAAAUGUUACAGAGGAAUGCUGAGUUCUUUCCUGUGUCGAGGCAACCCUGAGUGGUGCACAUCCUGACAAAGCCUCCUGGCAACCCUUUCUGCGGGGCUGGAUGACAGCGGGAGCUGCCAGGUAAAUCCAUGAGCCCGUGAGGAGGCGAGGCCAGGACACACCAUGGGUCAGAAGGUCACGGGUGGCAUAAAGACUGUGGACAUGAGGGACCCUGUGUACAGGCCACUGAAACAGGAGCUCCAAGGACUGGACUACAGCAAGCCCACCCGGCUGGACCUGCUGCUGGACAUGCCCCCGGUGUCCUACGAGGUGCAGCUGCUGCACUCGUGGAACAACGACGACCGCUCGCUCAACGUCUUCGUCAAGGAGGACGACAAGCUGAUGUUCCACCGGCACCCGGUGGCGCAGAGCACCGACGCCAUCCGGGGCAAGGUGGGCUACACGCGGGGGCUGCACGUGUGGCAGAUCACCUGGGCCAUGCGCCAGCGCGGCACGCACGCCGUGGUGGGGGUGGCCACGGCCGAGGCCCCCCUGCACUCCGUGGGGUACACCACCCUGGUGGGCAACAACCACGAGUCCUGGGGCUGGGACCUGGGGCGCAACAGACUCUACCACGACGGCAAGAACCAGCCCAGCAAAACCUACCCCGCCUUCCUGGAGCCCGACGAGACGUUCGUGGUGCCCGACUCCUUCCUGGUGGUGCUGGACAUGGACGACGGCACGCUGAGCUUCAUCGUGGAUGGGCAGUACAUGGGGGUGGCCUUCCGAGGGCUCAAGGGGAAGAAGCUCUACCCGGUGGUGAGCGCCGUGUGGGGCCACUGCGAGAUCCGCAUGUGCUACCUGAACGGACUGGACCCUGAACCACUGCCUCUGAUGGACCUGUGCCGGCGAGCCGUGCGGCUUGCCCUGGGCAAGGACAGACUGGCUGAGAUCCCCAGCCUGCCCCUGCCAGCCUCCCUCAAGAGUUACCUGCUCUACCAGUGACCCCCGUGCCGCAGGACAGAGGUGGAAGCGAGGCGUGGAUGAGCUGCCCGCGGAGCCCUGGGCUCUCCUGCUGCUGGAGCUGCCUGGCCAGAGGAUUCCUGCCCUGCUGCAGCCUCCCGUGCCUCCCUGGGGCAGCCCUGGCUUCACAGCUGAGUGCUUUGCUCCUCGGGAGUCCCUUCCCCAGCACACUCACAAAAGGAACAUUGGCAGAGGCUCUGUGCUCCCCUCUCCUCCUGAGAAGAGGCUGUGCUGCCUCGGGGAAUGGUUCUUCUGUAGCAGCUAAAGGGAAGGAUGGUGGUAAAAGAAGAAUAAUAAAAGAAUUAAAACAAUUUGGGGGAAGAGGAGGCAUUAGGAGUGGAAGUGUUAAGACCAUGUCCUGAGAGGGGAAAGGCUCAGGACGGCCAGCGGAGUUGGAGAGAGUCUGGAAUGCCAUAAAGAAUUAAUUGAUGAGUUUUUAAAGGCCAAAAAAUAGAAAGUACAACCCCAAGCCCUGAAACACCAAAACCAAGAGCCCUUCCUCCACCAGGACACUUCUUGAUUUGGAGCAGGUGGUCAUGCUGCUGCUGUCUGUAUCUGUGCUGGGCCCUCUCCCCUUGCUGUGUUGCUGUUUCACAGGGUUCUUGUUGACCAGCAGUGCUCAUCCUGCUCCCUGCUCUGCUCUGCCUCCUCCCCGUGGCUUUGGCAGCUGAUUUUGAGUCGGGCUGUGUCUUCACACUCCUCCAUCCUGACUGAAAGCUGCAGCUUUUGCUCUGGGCUCCCUGGCUGCUGUGGGACAGGGCAGGACAGACCUGAGCCCCAGCGUGGCACCGUGUGUGUGAGCUGGCACACAGCUGGCACACAGCUGGCACACAGCUGCAGGUCCUGUCCCCUGGGGCUUCACAGCAAUGCUCAGGUUCUCUAAUGGCACUGCCAGGGAGUUCUCUUCUUGAUAAGCUGCUUAAAUUCAUCCAAGCCAGGCUCUGCUCUGUCCCAGACCAACCUAAUCCCCGCCUAACUGCAGCAGGAGAGGCUCUGCCCGUGGGGUGGGGCUGUGCCACAGGAGGGGUCACAGGUGAGGAGCAGCCCCAGGGGUCACACAGCCCAGGGGUGACCUUCAGGCACAGCAGGGACAAACUGAACCUCUCCAGGGAGCAGGAGAGAGCUGCAAUAAACAGGACAAGCAAUUCAGGCAAAAUCAGCACAUCCCAAAUAGAUCCUCAGUAGCCAGGUGGAGAGGAUGGCACUCCUUUAUCAGCAGGAGCUGCUCUCUUGACCUCUCCACAGGUUACUAUGCUGCCUUUCUGGGGUUAUUUUGCACAUUUCUUUGUGGUUUUUUUCUUGAAAAAUGUUUGUGUGAUUGUUUUGGUUUUGCUUUUGAGUUAUCCCUUCAGUUUUGUGUAGGUACAAAUGAGUUUAGUUGUUGAAAAUGUUAAUAUAUAUAUGUGGGGUGUAUGUACAAGAACAUGUUUUAAACAGCUGCUGUAGGGUACCUUUUUGAAAAUAAACUACUUGCAUAGUAUAUUUUUUAAAGCACAGAGUUGGUGCCAAGACUGGGUGGGGUGUGAUGUGCCCCUUUUUUAUUCUAAUAUUAUAUGAGGUUUUUUUUCAACGUAGGGGUUUGUACUAGUUUCUGUUGCAGGGUGGGACACAAAAUUCAGUGUGUGUGGGGCCCUGCUUGGUUGCCUUCAACUUGAACCAGUGUCUUCCAGAACUCCAGGGAAGUAGCUGUGUUCUCCCUCCUUCUGAUGCUCUUUGUGCUCCCUCAUUUCCAUCUCUCCUCACUUCACCAGGCCAUGACUCUGUACAGUUCAAAAUCCUUUCUAUUUUAUGACUGUAGAUAGCACUCAGUAACCUAAUAAACUUUAUUAAAUAUUA